AUGCAUCAAUGCUCCGCCUGUCAUACUAAGAUUAAGGAUUCUGAAUGCAUGCAAUGUUGUGUCUGUGUGGCAUACUAUCAUUGCAUAUGUGUCGCCAUUUCGCCUGCUCAGCUUAAAAACCUACCGACUGAAGUUAAGGCAGAUUGGCUGUGCCCUGAAUGUCGGAAUAAAAAGCCGCGCAGCGAUAACUCUAAUACGCCGGUCCGGCCAUCGACGCCCAGUAACCCCAAAGCAAACGUUACCUUGCGCCAUAAAGGCCCGGAUUCACUCCUUGAGUCAGACGCCGGUACGAGUUUUAAUGUAUCACGGUCGGAGUUGCGUGCUAUUAUACAGGAGGAGAUGAGGGUCAUCAUGGAAGAAUGCGUGAGAGAUUUGAAAGCUGACCUGAAUAGACAACUAAAGGCUUUUAGAGGAGAGAUCACUGGUCUCACGGAAUCAAUACAAUUCAUGAAUGAUUCGUUUGAGCAAUUUAAUAAGGAUUUGAGUGGCUGUAAGACUAAAAUUGACACAAUUAUUAAGGAAAAGGAAACCCUACAGAGUGAUCUUAUCAUCAUUACUAGCCGUCUUAAUCAAAUGGAGCAAAUCUCUCGGGCAUCGAACCUGGAAAUCGAAUGUGUUCCUGAGCGUAAGUCUGAAAACGUUUUAUCUAUUGUAACACAAUUGAGCAAAACCAUAUCUUACCCUAUAAGCGAGUCGCAUAUCUUAUAUUGUUCACGCAUUGCCAAGAACCCCGAGAGUACCCGUCCCCGCUCUAUUCUAGUUAGACUUAACAGCCCUCGCUCCAGGGACUCCCUGCUAGCCGCUGCAUUGAAGUACAAUAAAACUCACUCACAGGAAAAAUUGAACACGGAGCAUGUAGGGUUGGGGCCUAACAGGAAGACUCCCAUAUAUGUAGUAGAAAAUCUUUCACCUGAGAAUAAGCUUCUUCACGCUCUGUCCCGUAAACGUGCAAAAGAACUUCAAUACAAACAUGUAUGGGUCCGGGGCGGCCGCAUAUACAUGCGGAAAACUGAUACAUCUGAAUACGUCUUAGUACGUAAUAAAUCGACCCUGGACAAUAUAUCUUAG